CCUCUGAUAUGACGAAGUAGCAAACAUGGCGCUGUCGGGGAAUGCUUGUGUUUGUUUAAUUGUGCCCAACUGAUUUCUCUGUCGAUGUCAACGCCGGCCUUUCCUCGUUUCCUUGUAUGUAUCUUUUUGUCGUUUCGAUAGUCAAACAUGUCUGUCGCCUGUAUUGCAGACAAGGUAGUCGUCCAGGAAAGGUAACGGGCCCUUGUCUUUUUUGGGGGGGGGGGGGAUUCAGAAGGACACUACAGGUUGACUGGAGCGGUGUCUCUAGCUGCUGGUAAAUUAUAUUUCACUAUAAACGAGCAAAAGGAUGCUAGCGCCUUGUCUCCCAUUGUGACGCCAAGCCGUGUCUAAAAUCGAAGCGGCGCGCCGGAUGGAGGCUCCACUCGGACUCGGCUCCCUUCUGCUGCUCACCGGCAUUCUGCGGCUGGUCGAAGGAGCGCCGCUGCUCGGGACAGGGGAAGCAGCUGUAGGUGAAGUUUCCUUGUCAUCUCUGGCUUUUUCUUUUGCUGGUUUGGUUUUGUUAAUAGUCCUCCUUGUGAACUGCGUUUCCUGCUGUAAGGAGCAAGAAAUCAAUUUCAAGGAGUUUGAAGAUAAUUUUGAGGAUGAGAUUGACUUCACCCCGCCAGCUGAAGAUACACCUUCCAUUCAGUCCCCAGCAGAGGUGUACACACUUGCGGUUCCUCCAGCAGUUCUCCCUGGACCACCUCAUUUGCAGCCUCCUGGAAUAGCUGAAGGUUCGACAGUGCCACAAGUUACACGUCAUAGCCUCAGUUACAUCCAGGAAAUCGGAAAUGGCUGGUUUGGGAAAGUCCUGCUUGGUGAGAUCUACAUUGACCUUGGAGUAUCAAGAGUUGUCAUAAAGGAGCUCAAAGCCAACGCAACCACAAAGGAACAAAACAUAUUUCUACAGAAUGACGAUCCCUACCGGGUUUUGCAGCAUCCAAAUAUCCUUCAGUGCCUGGGUCAGUGUGUGGAAGCCAUCCCUUUCCUGCUGGUGUUUGAAUUUUGUGAACUGGGUGACCUGAAAGGAUACCUCCUAAAUCAGCAAGAACGAACUCAUGGCAGCGGUGAAUUGUUGCAGCUACAGAGGAUGGCGUGUGAGAUUGCGGCUGGUGUUGCACAUCUACACAAAAACAACUUUGUGCAUAGUGACCUGGCAUUGAGGAGCUGCUAUCUUACAACAGACCUGAGCGUCAAAGUUGGAGACUAUGGAUUUGGAGCAAGUCAGUUCAAGGAUGACUACAUUGAAACCAAUGAAGACCAGUUGAUACCCAUACGAUGGAUGGCCCCCGAGUUAGUAGAUGAGAUCCAUGGGAGUGUCAUAGUUGCAGAUCAAAACAAGGCUGGCAAUGUGUGGGCCUUGGGUAUCACCCUCUGGGAGCUGUUUGAGAGCGCCGCACAGCCAUACUCCCACCUGUUGGACCGAGAAGUGUUGAUCCAUGUCAUCAAGGAGCAGCACGUCAAACUCUUCAAGCCUCAACUGGACCUACCGUACUCUGACAGAUGGUAUGAGGUUUUACAGUUCUGCUGGCUUCCUCCUGAUAAGAGAGCCACAGCCGAAGACGUGCACCGCCUACUCACGUACCUCCGCAUGCAGGGCCAAAAGGAGUCCGAGGAUGACUUUGAACAGCGAUGGAGUGCACUUAAGCCGAAUCCUUGCAACAGGCAGUCCACAAUGAGCCAUUCGUCCUUCCCCAUCCUCGAGCAGUUUGUCGAUGAUGGUCUUCAUCGAGAGAUGGACGAGAUCCUCACGGUAACCGAAACCAGCCGAGGUCUCAGUUUUGAGUAUGUGUGGGAAGCCGCCAAGCAUGACCACUUUGAAGAUCACAGUCCUUCUGCCAUGGAUACUACAGUCAACUAUCACAGCAUGUUCUUUCCAGUGCCCCCAUAUGAGAAGCCAGUAUUUUCGGAGACCUCCAAUAUCUCAGGAGGCAGUGCUGCAAACCACAGCACUUCAGCCAGUGUUCCUGGAGUGUUACCUGUCUUUGAGGCUCACAAGCCAGCAGUAGGCAGUGAAUAUUACAUCCAGCUAGAGGAGCAAGGGGAGAGUAACCUAGAGGGAGAUGAAAAUCAGUGCCCCAGAGGGGCACGUCAAAGUGAUCAAGAUCAUUUCUCUCAGCAAUACGUUGUUCUGCAGGACAUUCCUCUAGAGGAAUCCAGCACCGAUUUAGAUUUCUUCCACCGUAGCAUAGACUCGAAGGACUCCAAUUUGCCAGAGAGCCAAGUUGGAUCCCAGGCUUCCAGUGACCUGGACAGUCCUUAUCACACUAAUAUCUUCAAGGAGAGCACUUCACAAUCCGAAGACAGGCCCUGGCUUAGUGGAUUCCUUGAGCUGCCCGAACUAAAUUCCAAUCACACGCUGAAGGACACGGCCACGCACAACUCCAACGCAGACGGCAAAGAGAGUCAGGUACAAGAGGAUUUCAGUGAUAUCUUAGGAGGGGUCCAGGGGAUGGUUUAUAUUGAAAAUCUCUCUAGUCAGUCCAGUCCUGGCAGGUUACUGAGUACAGAAAAACUCUCUGACAACUUCCUGUUCCUCCGAGAUAGCAGUCUGUUGUCCUCUAGAAGCAGUAUUGAUUUGAGAAGUGAAAUUUUGGAUGCUGAGUUGGACAGUUUUUCUGAGCUUGCUACCAAAGUGGAGUCAAAGUUGAUACACCCGACUCCAGACGUUCAACCACAAUUAGAAAAAACGAGCCUUUUGAAGUCUGCGGAAGACUCUUGCAGCUCUCUGGAGAAAGAGGGUCUACACUGUAGCAGCCCUGAUGCAAACGGGACACCACGGCCUUUAGUAGAAACCACGUUGCCUUCCUCUUCUCCUGUCAUAUCUGAAAGCCCUCAUGAAAUGCCACUACAAUGGAAGUCUCUGGAGGAGGAAGGUGUUUCACUGGAUUCCACCAGUGAAGGGAUCAGUUCAACCCUCAAUGCUACUACCUCUGCUGGCCCUGCCCGCUACCAGGAACACCCCACCUCCCGCUCAAGUGCCGCAAGUGACAUCUCGUGCAACGAUGCCAAAAACUGCAGCUCUCAAAAAGUGGAGCAAAGCAGCCCUUCAGUUCUAAACGCACACUUGGCCAAGCAGGAGAGCGCCUCUGGUAACCCGCCAGAGCUCAGCCUUCUGGGUGAGUGCACCGAUGAGAGCUUAAUAGACAGCAUACCACAGACAAAUGGCUGCUCUCCGACGGAGCCUUUAACUGACCUCGAGAGCGACAUUGCAUCGGUUGAGACGUUGCUGCACCUCACAUCCAUGCUGUCUUCUGAUCAGGUGAGCCAGGACAGCUUACUUGAGGACAGCAUGUCUACAACUGCACUCCUGACGGUCGAGCAGUCGGCAGAAACCCCCGAUUCUUUAGAUUCCCUAGACAUGCAAGGCUUAGCGGGUUCUUCUGAAGCAUUGAACUCUGUUCACCAGAAACUGCAGCCUCCCUACAAGACUGCUGAUAGUGGCUAUGAAACUGAGAAUCUGGAGUCUCCCGAGUGGAACUCCCAGGUUACCAUCAAAGAGCCUUCUUCCUUGGAAACCGUCCUAAGCUGUGACGUAGAACAAGCCUCCGUCCCCCUUCCACCUCCAGCUAUAAUCAUUUCGGAAGUUGAGCCAGCUCUAGAUGUGGACGCCGAAAAUGACCUGAGCUGUGUUUCAGAUACUCAGACGGCAGCCCCUACAGAGAUCUUCUCAACCACCAACCAUAACUCUUACCGAGACUCUGCGUAUUUCUCUGACAAUGAUUCAGAACUCGAUAAAAAGUUAGAUGAUUUCAACAGGGAUGGCUCUGGCACGGUCUUAAAUGAAGACUUGGGUUCUAGUCAUCCUGCCCACGGUGAAUGCACAGGUGCUGCUGUGGCCACUGAUAAACAGACAGAACCGUCAGAAACCCAGGAAGCGAGAGAUGCCGAUUCUCUUCCUAGCAUUCUGCAGACUCAAGAGACUUCAUUUGAAGCCUCUGAUGAUCGAGGUAUCCUCACACCUGACCCGAAUGUAACUUCACAGCACUCUGCUCCUAUUGCAGAUGUUAGCUUUUCUGGACUUGAAGAGCUCGUCUCUCCUUAUUCUGAGGUAUAUCCACGUGAGGGUGAGACAAUGAUAUCUGACACAAGGCCUCCUGGUGCUCUUAAAGUGCUUUUGCCAGACACUGCUGCGAGCAUGCUGCAUGAAAAGUUAGCCCUGUCCCACCAGAACGAAUGGCCAAAGAUAAAGGAACCUGAUAUUGAAGGCAAAUACCUUGGAAAGCUGGACAGUCGGAACCUCCAAGAAGCUACCGAGGAUGGCAUUGAUGCAGAUGAAGAGGAUGAGAACAGCGACGAUUCUGACGACGAGCCCCGGGGGUACCACUUACAAAGUGCAGGCUCUGACAGCGAUGAUGACAUUCAACAUCCUAUUCCCAUCAUAAUCAUGGACAAUGAUGAUGGAAAGGACUUGAAGAGCUUAUUGAAAGGCGGCAGACCUCUCGUGGCGUCAGAAGAACAGGAGCAGGUGGCCAAGUCCAAGAAAGGAGCCGUGUCCUUCUUUGAUGAUGUCACAGUUUACCUUUUUGACCAGGAAACCCCAACCAAGGAACUAGGAGCUCAUCUGGCUACUUCCAACAGCCACGUCUCAGAAUUCAGCAGCCCCGUCCCGUCCUCCAGCCUGAGCUACUUGAACAGGUUCACCAACUCUGAAAGCUCUACGGAUGAGGAAGGGAGUGGGUUUGAGUGGGACGAUGACUUUUCUUCGCCAGAGCCUUCAUUCAUCUCCAAGGCGGCCAGUCAUCUCCUUGUAUCCAAGUCCUCUCCUUCAGUGUCAUCUAAAUACUUCUCUCCUCCUCCACCCACCCGUACACCAGACCAGAGCUGGUCCAGCUUAUCGCCGUACUCGCGCUUCUCCAUCUCCCCAGCCAGCAUUGCUAGCUUCUCCCUGACACACCUCACUGACUCGGAUGUUGAACAGGGUGGGAGCAGCGAAGACGGAGAGAAGGACUAAGCAGCAGAGUGGCUGGAGGGGCUAAAUCUGUCGUCUCACUCAACAUUGUGAAAGCAGAAGACCCUGGUGGGAGAGCAGAUUGUGCUCCAGUGUCGCCCUCUGCGCUGACUGAUCGGUGGGAAUGUGUUCAGAAAUUUGGUGUACCAAAACCAGCUGGCUUACCACAAGGCUUGCGCAGGGUGUAACAAGAAGCCCCCCCCCCCAAAACCCAUAGCAACCCCCUACCACCCCCUGGUCAUCUCGCCUAGUUGUGCUCGCUGUGCCACCGCUCCCGUCACAAUGCACAUGCGGUGCCCGUCUUCCUGAUGGACUCGCUUGCUCACGGCUUAAGCAAUAAGGUGGGAUGUGAAGCUCAGUGUUUUAGGCGCAGAAGGGUGGGCUUUGCAUUUCUUCCUUGGGUUUUGUUUUCCUCACGAGCUCUUUAUUUUUAAACUAAGCCGCUGCCACUUUAAGAUACAAUUUAAAAAGCCAGUGUUGCUCUCGCCCGCGCCGUCUCCCACAGGACAGAUGAACACGGAGGCCGAGUGCCCCGCUCUCGCCAGCUGACACGCUCCCGAGGGUGGGCGGGGAGGCUUCAAGGGCCCUGUCCUUCAGCCACGUCCGCUGCCUUACGAUUUGCAUUUAUUUGCAAGAACAACUUGUUAGGCACCCGGUGUGCCGCUGUGCGCUCCAGAGGCCCGCCCGUUUGACCUUUUGUGGUUCAUUUGUUUAAAGCAGUCAUCCAUGCGUGAGGCCACUUGACAGGCGGGCAGAUAAGACGCUCCAGCGUUAUUGGCGAUGGCAGGAGGAGUGUUUUCAAUGGCAGAAAGCCUUUAUGGUGGUGGCCGUCGGUGCCUGGAGAUGCACCUUACAGGAAAUCCUUGUCGGGCAUCUGUGAUGAAUGCUGGGAUGACACGGGUGAGCGAAGCUGAUGCCCUCGCGGCACAUCUGGACAGGGCCGGGCGUGUGGCACCUUCUACAAUUUUUUGAUCAGAAGGGCAGCCUGCCUCGUCCCUCUGUCGUAGUAGCAACUUGACUAGAGCGUGGGGUGGGGUGGGGUUUGUUUUGGGGGCUGUUCACAGAGCGCCACACCCAUUUUGAAAGCUGGCAUUCCACAAGGCUUCACCGAGCUCACUUUCUUUGCGUCAUUUGGCUGCCGCCGCCAUCUUUUUCAAAGUCCGAGCCAUGCACGUCGUCUGGGGUGGGUGGGCAACCAAGAGUUCUUCCAGUCAAUCUGCUUAGCCAGGAUCCCCCCAGACUCCCCCUUCGCCCCCCAACCCCAUCCGGUCCCUUCCAGAACCUCACAUGUUGCCGAAAAACCGGGAGGGUAUCCAAAGAUUGUUUUGAGAAGCGAAAAGGUGGUCCUGGAGUUGCCAGAAUACUCCCCCCCCCGCUGCCCCCCCCAUUUUAUUUUAUUUAUUGAGAUUUUUUUUCUUUUGUUUUGUAAAUUGAAGCUCACAUUCUCAUGAGAUGGUUAAUAUUUGUGAUAUCAGCAGCCUGAGCUGUCACACAGACUUGAAAUCUUUUAUUUAAGAAAUCCUCUUUUAUUCUUCUCCACCUUUGCUUAAUCUUGCACAUUUGAAAGUGUAACUUAAUGUUGAAUGGUACUGAUGUAAAUAAAUGUGAAUUAUUUUUUUGUCUGUAAAUGGGGAAUGAUGUAACAGAGUCCUGGUAUGAGGUUUUUCAUAUUGUAAUUUAAUAGACGUAUACUCCUAAUGACAACAUAUCAUGAUUGAAAAUUAAAAAAAACAAAAAGGGGGGACUGUCCUGUCGGGGAAAAAAAAAAAGUGUAAAUUUUUUAAAUUGUAAUAUUUUUACUUCACGUUUCUGAUCAUGCAUAGUGUAAACGCAAUGAAUUGUUUAUAAUUAAAUACACUAUGUUUAUUUAAUAUGGAGAAUUAAGUGACUUGUAAAUGA